GGCGGGACUUCCUGUUUACGACACCGUUUUUGGUAUUUUUUCUCCGUUGUCAGAUUGGGAGCUGCUGUUGUAAGGCUCUGUGUGACAUCAUAGUGCAACAUGACCGUUUUGUCGAUGAGGAAGAUGUACGUACUGAGCGGCCUUCUAGCCCUGCUGCUUCCACCUCUGUCACACCAAGAAGAGCAUCACAAGCUGCUGCUAGUGUCAUUUGAUGGUUUCCGCUGGGAUUAUGUCAACAGGGUUCCCACACCAAACUUCCGUGCCAUGAUGGACGAAGGAGUGCAGGUGGAGCGUGUGGAGAACACCUACAUCACCAAGACCUUUCCUAACCACUACACUUUAGUGACAGGCUUGCACGCAGAGAGUCACGGCAUCGUAGCGAAUGAAAUGUAUGACCCAGUUCUGAAUCGCUCCUUCUCCAUGGAGGGGCCAGAAGUGUACAACUCUCGAUGGUGGGAGGAGGCGGUACCGCUGUGGGUAACCAAUCAGAAUUCUGGGCAGAGGAGUGGAGCUGCCAUGUGGCCUGGAUCAGAUGUGUCCAUCAGAGGAAUAUACCCGACCCGUUACAUGCCAUACAAUGCCUCUGUGCCCUUCGAGAUGCGUGUCGAGAAGCUGAUCAACUGGUUCUUAGGACCAGAGGAGAUCAAUUUUGGAGUGCUGUAUUGGGAAGAGCCUGACGAGAGCGGCCACAACCUGGGGCCCGAGAGCCCGCUUAUGGACGUGGUCAUUGAGGACAUUGAUGUCAAACUGGGCUUUCUCCGAGACAAGCUCAAAAAAGCUGGGCUUUAUGAUAAAAUCAAUCUCAUUGUCACUAGCGACCACGGCAUGACACAGCUGUCACAUGACAAAGUCAUUGAGCUGGACGCCUACGUGAGUCGAGAUCUCUAUACAUGGAUAGACAAGAGCCCAGUGGUGGGCAUUUUACCUAAAGAAGGCAAAUUUGAUGAGGUGUAUAAUUUGUUGGAGAAUGCAAAUCCUAACAUGGUCGUGUACAAGAGAGAAGACAUUCCUGAUCAUUUCCACUACAAACACAAUGUAAGAAUAAUGCCCAUUAUCAUUGAGGUGAAAGAAGGCUGGACAAUUGUGCAGAACAAAACUGGAUCAUUUAUGUUGGGCAACCAUGGCUAUGAUAACCACCUACCCAGCAUGCACCCUGUGUUUGUUGCUCGUGGCCCAUCAUUCCGCACAGGUUACACUAAAGCCUCUAUGCGCUCGGUCGACCUGUACCCUCUCAUGUGUAGCGUUCUAGGCAUUCAGCCACUGCCUAACAACGGUUCACAGAUGAGUGUGCGGGAUCUGCUGGUGGAGACGUUUACACCUGGACCCGUACUCCCAUCCGUACCUGAAGAACCCUCGUAUACCUGGGCUGUGGGCCCGGUCCUGGGCAGCUGCCUCGUCCUGGGAUUCCUCAUCAUGUUUGUGAAGCAGGUCACACAGAGGCAACUGCCCCCUUUGCCUCUAACCAACAGGGAGAUUUCACAGCCCUUACUGCAGGACGAAUUACGCCUUUAAUAGUAAAACAGCAUUUUUCCUUAUCACAUUACUUUUAUUUAGUUUAAGUGAAGCUUGCAGUAACACUGAGGUCUCUAGUGGGAGGCUCUUGGAAGCAUGUAGCAUUUCUCCACACUCUGGUGCUUCAGAGCCCGUUUUAACCAUUCAUUAGUUUCCAAAUAUUGACAUUUAGACUUGGGGAAAAGGUCGCAUUCAUUUGCGGGCUAGUGAAAGAAGGGAGGACUACCCAAUCAAAUUCGUGCCAGUGGUGCCAUGCCAAGGUUUAGCAACUGUAGAGCAAUACAGCAAGAAAAGCUACACGCAAACAGUCUGAACAAUCAUUCAAAGAAGUCCUCAAUUCAAAGAAGCCUGAGCAUUUUGUUUCUGAAUUCCUCUGGCCGGUAUGCUUAAAAAAAAAUGAAAGAACAGGAAAUUCUUUAGAAAAAAACUAAACCUUUAACCAUUUUAAAAAUACAACCAGAAACUUUUUUUUCCUUCCAAGAAAGAGAGAAAAAAAGUGUUUUGUUCCGUAUUUAUUGUAUGUUUAACAAGUGAAAGUUUAAGGCAAGGGCAUUGACCGCUUUGCUUAUUGAUUUUGAUCAUUUGUGUUUUCAUUGGUAUUUUUUUUUCCAUCUAGUUACGUGCAAUAGCUACAUGCUUCUAAUGUUUUGUUUCAUGCUGGCAGGGUUUUUUUUGUUUGUUUUACAUAAAGAAGGCAGUUUAAUCUGCCUCCGUGUUGCACUAAGAUUACCACAAGCUCAUCAGGACUUGUAGAAGGUAUAAGGAACGCAAGAGUUUUAGAUCAGUUGCAUUUUGCACAAUGUUUUCCCCCAAGCUUUGGAUAUUUUUAACAGAUGUGUGCCAAAAUCCUUUAGCUAACAUGUGAAGUUGUUAUAUAAAUUAGUAGGAAUUGAUUUUCUAAUGUUAGAUUUAGAAUUUUACACAAGACCCCAAUUGGGGAGAACCACUGUGAUGUACCUUAAAAACGUUGCUUUAAAAAGAAGGGGGAAAGAACAGUGUUUAACACACUCUUUUAACGUAGUUUUGCUGAUACAUUUUGUUGGUACAUACGUUGCUUGUGUUGUUUACGCUUUUAUGCUGUGGCUAAAAUUGAGGAGGAAAAAAAGAUUGACUAUGAUGAUUGCCCUACUUCUGUAAAAUUAUAUUGUAGUGUUUAAAGUAUGAUGUAAAUUAUUUAAUUGUUGUCUAACAUGUUCUGGAUUUUAAAUAAAGACCAGUGCAAGAUGCACA